AAACAAUUCUCCUCUUUGUUUUUUUUUUCAACCUUUUUUCAUGCAACAAUCAUAAUCGCGGCAUUGAUCGUAUCACAGGCGUCAGAUCGCUGGUAGAUCUGCUGAUUUCUAGACUAUGCAACAACAAUCUACAAACUAGGAGAAGCAAUGGAUUCGCGCAAUGAGCCGCUCUGGCAGUGGCCUUCUGAACCGGCUGCGCCGCCUCAGUCGGAUCACACCGAGCAGGACCCUACAGACACCCCUCCACAGGAGGAGUCGGGCAAUACCACAGAAGAGACUAGACAGCGGCAUUACUCGCCUCGGACAUGUCGCAUCUGCCUGGAAACGGUCUAUCCCACCUUUCCUCCUCCCUCGGAACAUAUCCCGGGGUUUCUGCAGCCCCAACAGCGGCCUGUCUACGAAUCGUCGGACCCAGAGUCCGGGCGAUUGCUCCGUCCCUGCAAAUGCAAAGGAUCCUCCCGUUAUGUGCACGAAGGAUGCCUGCAACAGUGGCGCCACUCGGACGCAGGCUAUAGCCGGCGCAAUUUUUGGCACUGCCCGACCUGUGGGUUCCAUUACCGACUAGAACGUCUCCGCUUGGCGCGCUGGAUUAGUAGCACCAUGAUGCAGCUCGCGUUAACUCUCGCCAUUCUGUUGCUUACUGUAUUUCUACUUGGUUUCGUUGCUGACCCUCUCUUCAACAUCAUCCCGCACCCUGAUGAUCCCCUCGCACCCACCGAGUUAAGGGGUAUCUGGCCCGUGCAGCUGGAGACCAGGAUUCCGGUGCCUGACCGCGAGGUCUCCUGGCCACAACACUAUCUCAAAGGAGUGGUCACUCUGGGCCUGCUGUCCUGCAUCAAGUCCGUUCUUGCGUUCUCUUCCUGGCCUGGGCUGAUGGUGCGUUCCACGCGCCUGAUCAGCGGCAACAGCUCCGGCCGAAACACCGGAAAUACCGGCAGAACCCGAGUCGGCUGGCUGCUCGUUGUCAUCGGCGUGGGUACUUUCUUGUGGGCUGUCUAUAAAGGCGUGCGGGCCUGGAGUCGCAGAACCUUGGAGACAGCUGGCGCGCGUGUGAUGGAUGUUCCUUUACCGGACGACGAGGAUGAAGCCGAGCCUCUGGCUACGGAUCCAAGUAAGAAGGACGAAUAGCGCCGAGCCUGGCCUCGCACCAUUUGUCAUGAUCCUUUCACAAGCCAUCGUAAACCAAACCCUGACAUUUCGUGAUUUUCGGGUUCAUCCUCCCCGCACUACUUAAGUUGCCACUCUCCUUUUCUUCUAUGAGGUGUCAAUUAGUCGAUGUGCGCAGAAUGCCACCGACCCUCGUUAACUUCCGAGGCUCGUCUUGAUGAGUGGACUUGGGCUGACGCCGGAACGUUUUGUUCUACUGCCUUCCCAUAUCACUCGCUUAUGUCAAACCUGCCCAGAGGGAGGGUCAACCUGCACUUUACUCGAUCCAAAUAGGCGCUCCGGUUCUCAACGGCGUUUUCGAUCGGGGUGCUGUACAUGCUUCGUAUUGGUCAAUAACUUCUCAAUCUAAUAUACAUUAUCGAGUGG